AAAAGUCAGCCAUUAAUCUGAAAAAGUGGGGAAGGGAAAAAAGGUGAAUACAUGUCAAAUAUUUCAAGGCUGCAGUGUGAUGAUUCCGAUUUUAAUAAACGUGAAAACUUUUGCCACAAAUUAUAAGUUUUGACGGCGCGCCGGACACCGAGUCCUUGUGUUUAUUAUAUGACAACGUUCGGAAAAGGUUUAUUUGCAAGGUUGUGCUAAUCAAAACAAAGGUGUUUGGACAUGGGUUAUUAUUGUACAGUACCACAAUGUACAUCGCUCGCCGGCAAAACGAAGAACGUGAAAUUCCACCGUUUCCCCCGCGACACAACAAUGGCAGACAAGUGGAAUAUAAUAUUAAAGCGUGGAAAGCCCUAUACAAAAUACUCGAAAGUAUGCAGUCUACAUUUCACACAGGCAGAUUAUAACGUCACGGCAAUGGGCCAAUGGAAGACGUUAAGCAAGGACGCGGUGCCGAGCCAGAACCUGCCAAAGUUGAACCCAGAUGGCACAGUCAUGGUGAUAAGAAAGAGCCGCACGGUCAAAUACAAGGAGGCGAAGAAGGAUGACAGUGUAUGUGAAAAAGAGAGGUGGUCUUCAAUGAUCCACACACAGACGCCGCUCGCGUGUUCGCCCGACAAGCAAGGCAUCGUCGAAUCGCAGAAUUCCAUCCUGGCCUACCGCCUGCAAGGCCUCAACGCAAUACAACAGAACAUACCGCCGAUCGCUGAUGAAAAACCGAAGAAACAGGACGCGAUCAUGCAAACAGACCCCAUCACGGACGACGAGAACCCCAUCAGUUUCGACACGGACAAAUUCGAGGUCUACCCGAGCGAAUACAUGAAGGGCAGCAAAGAUUUCAUGCCGCAAACGAACGAGGAAUACAACAAAGAGGCGGAGAAGUACGCGCUGGAGCGGAAGAACUUCGAGAAGAUGGAGUAUCAGAAGAGUGUGGACUACCAGAAGAGCAUGGAGUACCAGAAAUGCGACAAGAUGGACUACCAGAAGACUAUGGAGUACCAGAAGCCGGAGAAGAUGGAAUACAAAUGCUACGAUAAGAGCACAGAGUAUCCAAAGACCGGGGAUGUGGAAUACGAGAAAACGCUCGAUCUGGACAAGGAUGGCAUGGAAAAGGAUAUGGAGAUGAAGGGGAUGGAGUACCAGAAGGUGGAAUACGAUUACUAUUAUCAGGACAGCGUGGAAAUGCUGCGGAAUCAGCAGCAGAAUCUGCAGCUGCUGCAGGAGCAGCAUAGAGCGAACGAGAAUCAGAAUUUCUUCGACGAGAAUCACAUAAAGCAAGAGAUCGAGUUCGCGAACGACGAUGAGAAGUUUGUCUUCGAGCGGAGUAAGGAGCGAGUCGGUCAAACGAUGUUCGACGAGCAGCGGCGGCUCAUGGAGCAACAGAGGCUGGUCGAGGACAUGUCGCAGACUGUGAAACAGGAACCAGAGACUACAAAUAAUAAUGGUCAUGAAAUAAUGCAUCCGCAGAACAGUCCGUAUUUCGCGACGGACGAACAAAAUAAUGUUAACGGUAAGUUUUCACCACUACAUAGUGUGAGGCAAAGUCGCUAUCCGUUUGUCUGCGUGUGCAUCUGGCAGAACACAAUGAAGAGGCCUUUUUUCUACAGUGAGGCCAACCACUAUCCGGCGCCACACGCGUUGCAUAGAUAUGAGGAUUUAACAAGGAUCCUUCAAUGAGAGUCAUUCCGUUUAUAAAUAUAUUAGAUUUAUAGUAUUAUUAGGGCGGUUGAUUUUUUUUUUUUUUUAUCGAUUUAUAUAACGUGAUAGUUAUCGUAAUCUUUCUCUUACAAACUGAAUCGCUUAUAAGAUACGUCUAUUGUAGAACAGAGACCGCGUGAAAAAAAAAUCGCCGGAAAUAAAAUGGUUUUUGUGGUUAUUUUAAAUGAAUCACGUUUUUUCGCUAUACAAUUAUAUUAAAACAUUAUAUUCAAAGCGUAUCGUUAUUGAU